AUGGCUCAGCCUGCACCCCUGAACCAGAACCUCCCAGAUCUUGGGGGCCCAUUCUUGUACCGGGACCAGGAUGAUGGGGAGAAGAGCUCGUAUUCAGUGGAAACGCCCUACGGCUUCCUCCUGGACCUGGAUUUCCUGAAAUACGUCAAUGACAUCGAAAGCGGCCAAACACUCAAGAAAGUGCCGCUGCCUCGCAGGGCGAAAGGGGCCCGGCAGCCACCCAGUGCCCUGCGCAGCCCCAGCAGCCAUGCCAGUGCCUGGACCUCCACCGAGUCCCUCGCCUCCACGGCCAGCGAGGAGGGCAGGACCGCGCUGCUGCUGUCCCCGCGCGGCCGGGCACCCCUGGAGCCCCUGAGCAAGCCAACCUCCCACCCCGUCUCGCCGCCGCCGCCGGUGCGGCUGCUCCCACCUCCCACCCGCAAGUGCCUCAUGAGCAACCCACGGGUGGAGAAGACCCUGCUGGAAACGAGCAGAAGGCUGGAGCAGGAGCAGGGCCAUUUGCAGGAUAUCGGUGGUCCCUCCCGCAGUGGCCCGCCGGGUGCCCCGAGUCAGCCGUCCCUCUGGGUGCCGGCGGGCACCGAGGGCCAGGCAGGCUGGGGACGGGCAAGCCCUGGCAGCUCAGGGCGCAGCACGCCGGCGGCGGGGCUCAGCGCUGCACCGUUGCAGCACGUGCGGGAGCAGAUGGCCACAGCCCUGCGGCAGCUCCGGGACCUGGAGGAGCAGGUGAAAACCAUCCCCCUCCUGGAGAUGCAGAUCUGCGAGCUGAAGAGGGAGAAGGCGAAGCUGAUGGAGAAGCUGUCGGCAGAGCCCGGCGAGGCUUUUGGCCACCCCCCUGGCUCCGAGGUGGUGAUGGGGGGUGAGGAGCCACCCCGAGCGGGGCCGGAGAGCGAAACGGAGCCGGCAAAGGGGCGAGUGAGCAAGGUCGCAGAGCUGAGGAAGCUGACGGAGAAGCUGGCCGUGCCGGAGCGGGGCGGCAGGGCUUGGCCGGGCAGGAGCCCCAGGGCCGCCGAGAGGUUGUGCCGCUCCGUGGCGGUGGGCGAGGACCGGGCCAUGACCGACGCGGUCUUCUACUACCGGUCGCAGCAGGACGGCGGCGACGUGCCGGACAGCGGGGUGAGGGAGCGCAGGGACGCGGCCGUCUGGGUUCUGGAGUCCUCGCUGGGGCUGACCAGCGAGGCAGAGCGGGAGCUGGAGCUGCUGCAGCAGACAGUGGGACACCAGAAGGAGGUGAUCGCCCUGAUGGAGGGUCACCUGCGGGAGGCCACUCGGGAGCUGGAAGAGCUGCGGCUGGAGGUGUGCGCCCGCCGGCCCCGCGGGCGGGUGGACAAGGAGGUGACGGCCAAGCCGCAGGUGGCCGAGGCGCUGGUGGAGGCGGCGGUGGUGACCCAGAACCGGGCGGCCGGCGACCCCCUGGAGACGGCAGAGGCGAGCGUGGAGUGCUGCCCACCAACCACCUGCGUCGGGGUGGGCUGCCGCCCCGACGGGCGGGACGUGGCGGUCGGACCCGAUUCGGCCGGCAGGUGCAAAGACAAGGGCAGCCAGACCGACGUGGGCGGCACCGUCCCAGCGGGCGAGAUGGAGCCCGGUGCGGGCCGUGCCCCGAGCGGCCCUUCAGCACAGGGCACAGGAGCAAUGGGGGGGACGUGCCAGGGCUGCCCGGUCCCCAGGGCAGCCACGCCAGAGACAACGCACAGCGGCCGGGACCCGUCCGCGGCGCAGGAUGCUGGAGCUGCCCCGAGCCCUGCGUCCGGAGCCCUGAAGUCCAUCAUGAAGAAGCGGGAUGGUCCCCCCCGGAGUGAGGCCGACGGCAGCAAGAAGAGCCUGCAGUUUGUGGGCGUGCUGAACGGGGAGUAUGAGAGCACAUCCAGCGAGGAGGAGGAGGAGGAGGAAGAAGGAGACAGCUCCUCUGAGAAGGCUUCAGCCGACAGCUCCAACAGCGAGGAGCUGGGGGACACUGAAACCUCGGACGAGGAGGCUGAGGAAGGCGAGCGUGAGCCAGGACAGGAGCGUGAGGGGGCCGGCGUGACCCUGCCGGAGCCCCCCGAGGUAAAGGAGAAGUUCGAGCUGAGCCCCAGGAUGCGGGAGGCCUGCCUCAUCGUCAAGACCCACCUGGGCCACCCCAGUGCCACCAAGAGCAAAGAGGUGCUUGCCAGCAGCAGCCUGGUCCUGCAGGAGUGGUUCCGUCUGUCCAGCCAGAAGUCAUCCAUCCCUGACACGGUCGCCAACCACCUCCUGGCCUUUGCUGAGGUCUCGCCAGCUCUCCUGGCCCACGUGGUGAACCUGGCAGAUGGGAACGGCAACACAGCCCUGCACUACAGCGUCUCCCACUCCAACUUCCACAUCGUGAGGCUGCUGCUAGACACGGGGGUCUGUAACGUGGACCACCAGAACAAAGCCGGCUAUACAGCUCUCAUGCUGGCAGCACUGGCGGCCGUUGAGCAGGAGGAUGACAUGAACGUGGUCAGGAGGCUCUUCAGCAUGGGCAAUGUCAACGCCAAGGCCAGCCAGGCUGGCCAGACGGCGCUGAUGCUGGCCGUCAGCCACGGCCGGCAGGAGAUGGUGGAAGCCCUGCUCGCCUGCGGAGCUGACGUGAACCUGCAGGAUGAGGAGGGCUCGACCGCGCUGAUGUGCGCAUGCGAGCACGGCCGCGUGGAGACCGUGAAGCUGCUGCUGGCUCAGCCCACCUGCAAUAUCUCCAUUGUGGACAGUGAUGGGAACAAUGCUGUUGCCAUCGCGCUGGAGGCUGGCCACAGCAACAUCGCCGUGCUCCUCUAUGCCCACCUCAACGGCACGAAGGCGCAGCUGCCCCAGGGGACAUCACUGACAGCCACGAAGAGCCCUGGGAGCCCCAAGAAACCAAAUUAG